CCUUACCAGCAGGUGUCGCUGCUGCUCCGGUCUUUCGCCGCGGCAGCAGUAGAGUUAGAAGAGUGGCGCAGCCGCGUCAGAGCAGAGCCUCGUAGUUCCUCAGAUCAAUCCAGAAAUCGUUCUUUUGGAGCAGCUUUAAAGAUGGGAGCGGCCGAGACAUCUGCAGGUCUUCCCCUGAGGUGAGGCUUCGCCAUGAUCCAGCUGAAGACCGGGGACCGCCACUGAGAAGCUGGAGCCAUGGGGACGACCACGAGCGAGCCGUGCAUUUAUGACAAACUCUCCGAGAGCAUCGACAUCCUCCGGCAGUCGGGCUACCGCUACGGCAUGUCGGAGAGGGAGAUCGAGAAGUUCAUCAAGCAGGUCCUGGAGACCAACGAGCCCCGAAGAGAGCCCCCCCAGUUCCCCAUCCUGAGAGCCACCAUCAAGUUCGUUCUGGCCGUGGUUCUCCUGCUCCUGCUGGUUCUGGCCUUCACCUACCCUCGGAGUCCCCCCCCAUUGGGCCUGGUGGGUCUAGGUUGCUCUAACUGGUCUUCUCCUCUCAGCCACGUCCGUCUGCUCUCCUUACCCAUCGCUAAGAAGUACAACCUGCAGGGUUUCCAUGAGUGGUGGAGUGCCGGAUCUCUCAGGCAGAGUCCGGUCAACUGUUCUGGAUGCGCUGACAUUUCUUCGGUGCUGGAAGUCCCAGAGAGCCUCCGGGGGACGGUGACGCUGCGGCGGGGGCCCCAGCUCGUCCUGCUGAAGGGGGGGGAGUCCCUGAGCAUCCAGAGGCAGCAGCUAGAGGAGCUCUAUCUGGCCCAUUCAGGCUCCAUGUCCGUCCUUCUGGAGGAGGAGGACGGACUGCAGAACCAGUAUGCUGGACUCCCUGUAGGACCAGCCAACUUCACACUGCUUUGGAGGUUCCGCUCGGGGACCAGGGAGAAGGUUCUCAGGUGGCUCUUCCCAAAGGCUGAACUCUGCCCUCUGCUGGACAGUGCUGGGACCAUUCUGCAGCGCUGCCUGGUGACCCACAGCACCAACUCCCAAAGCAAGGGGGUGGGCGUGUUGGGCUGGCUGGUGGUGGGCGAGGGCCUGCCGACCGUGCGAGUUCUGCCUGUUCCUCGCUGUCAGAAGCACUGCAGCUCCUUCAACCUGUGGCUGACCCCCGGAGACAUGGUGUACGCUGACCCCCGAUACUGGCAGAUGGAGCUCUUCCCGGGUCAAGGCCAGAACAUCAUCUGUGAUGGCUCCGCCUUCUAGCUGCUAUGUGGGUGGGGCUGGGAAUGUCUGUAUUUUUCUUGGCUUUUCUGUGUUUCUGCACAUUGAUGCCUUAUAUUUGUUGAAUAAAUCUAAAUGUAGUUUUGGGGAA